GGGGGAUGUGGCCGCACCCUUCAGCGGCCGGACGCCCGGCCCCGCCGGCGCCUGAGGUUUCCACGCCGCGCUCCCAGCCGUCCGGGGCCGGGUCCUGACACCGGUGGGCUCCCGGUGUCUCCUUGAGCAAGGAGGGCUUCCUUUGCUCUACCAAACUUGUUGCAUGGCUCUCCUGGAGGCUAAGAUGAAGAGUAACAACAGCAUUACCGAACUUGAACUCUAUUCCAGACUCUGGGCUAACAUCUUUAGAUUAUUUGAUCAUCCCCACAACCAUAUGAGUCAGUGGAACUAUCUCCAGCCAGAUCUGGUCAGGAAGAGAGAGAGAUUGAGCAGAUGCAAAAAGUGGCAUGUAUAAACCUGGGCUGCUGGUUCCCCCCACCAUGGUUUCUCAGGAACUUACUGACUGAAAAUGGCAGAAAAAAUCUUAGAGAAGUUAGAUAUUCUGGAUGAGCAAGCAAAGAGACUUUUGGCCAGAAGAACAAAGAAAAACAGGCUUCAGAGUCAAGGAAAGAAAAAGACUUCAGUUACACCCCUGACGUUUGACUUUCAGUUACAAUUUGAAGAGGCUAUUGUUCCAUCCAUAUCUAAGAAAGUACCCAGGAUCACAGAAGACAAGUCAUACAGUAUUAAAAAAACAAAAAGAUAUGUCUGCUUCAAAAAUGAACCUGAACCUAGUAACAGUGAUUUUGAAAAGUUAAAUUUAAGACUACGCUUUGCACCAACAAAUAUAAAAAAUCAAGAAAGCAAGUCAACAGAGCCAGUGAAAGAAAAUCUGAAAUCAAGAUCUUUUCGAUCUUUUCUUUAUCUUAAGGAUACAGUUAAGAUGAAGAGUGCUAACCCUUUGCAUGGUCUAUACCUAUAGAAUACACAAGCACGUAGAAGAACACUGGGUCCUGCAGUCAUUUCUCCCGCACCCAGCAUGCACUGCAGGGCUUACAAGAAGGAAAAAGACUCUACUUCAUUUGCAGCUCAAACUGAAAAAAAACCUGGGGAAUCAUUUGAUUUGGCUGGUCACUUAGAAGAUUAUGUCAAUAAAAGAAGAAAAUCUCCCCCACAGAUGGAUGAAUUUAGCACAGAAGAAAACAAAACCAUCAAAAACGAUCAAUUUAGUGAAUAUUGUUCCAUAAGAAAGAAAAGCUUGCUUCCCUUGUGCUUUGAGGAUGAAUUGAAAAAGCCAAAUGCCAAGAUAAUCAACAUUAGUCCACCAAAGACAGUAACUUCUCACGUGGAACAAAAUGACACAAAUCCCAUAAUUUUCCAUGAGACUGGAUAUGUACAAAUGUUUCUUUUGACAAAAAAUAGGCUUCCUCUCCAUCCUAUGGAAAAAGAAAACAUUUACCCAUACAAAAAAGCAGAUUUUGUUUUAGAAAGAAAUUGUGAAAUCCUCAAAUCUUUAAUUAGUGAUCAACUUAUCAUUCCUUCCAAACCUAAAAGAAUUACACCUACAAAAUGGAAAAGAGAUAUACAAGCAAUAUCUUUUGAAGUGGGCCAUAGAGUUGUAGAGGGUAAACUAAGGAAGAAAACUAAUAAGCAGACACUUGAAAACAUACCCUGGAGUAAACUCUAUAAUUUCUCACAGACUUUUUCCAGCCUAACAAAAAAAUUUGUUGGCUUCUUUGAUAAAAGUGUUAUUCAAGACAAGAGUACUAGACAUGGCAACUUUGAAAGAAUGUUUUCUACAGUAAAACCAAGGAGCAAAUUCAGUCCCUUACCUGUCAAACAUUACUCAAAGCCUUUAAAAAAUAUACUCAAAGUCCAUAAAUUAAAUAAUGUAACACCAAUGGAUGAUUUGUUAAGCUAAUCAAAUGAAAAUUAGAUGCCUCAAAAAAUAUUGUUUAUACAACAGUAUUUAGGUAACAAAAAGCAAAUAACAAAGUUCC